AUAGCAGCUCAGCAACGUUACUAUUCUCCAAUGUAUUCUCCAUCUUUUCUUUUCUCUAUGUGAUUUAGUUGCAUCUGUGUCAAUUUUCUGUCAAAUUUAGUCCCACAUCAAGAUGUCAUUGUGUGAUUGUGUGUACUUUUUCUCGUGAUGUUUUUCAUACCUAUCAAAGAAAUUGUGUUCAAAUAGAAUAUUAUUUUCCAUAAUUUUACUCAUUCAUAUGUAGCUAUUGUAUUUAAUAAUAUUAUAGUCAAUCCGUUAACUUAAGACUAUGUAAAAACUUGGAUUAUGGAGACUGAAUAUUACUAUAUUAUUGAAGACGGUAUUGCUGACUAGUCAGUAAACAUUGGAUUAUAAUUUAAUACCAACAGUAACAUUAGUUAUGGUACCAAUGUGAUAUAAUGAACGGCUCUAGUAGCAUUGUUGUUCAGAAUUCCGAAUUAACUUCUUCUGAAAACAGUAUAACGCCAAAUACAUCUUCGACUAAAGUUGAUAAAACUAAAGCGGCAGCUUCAAAUGCUCGAGAUGGCUCGGAAGAAUUACUUGAUCUCAAAGGAAAAGUUGAAUCCCGCCUCUUAUCCAUGUGGAAUAACGUAAAGUUUGGAUGGACAGUGAAAUUAAAAACGAGUUUUUCGAAAGAAUCUCCAGUGUGGUUGUUAGGCCGAUGUUACCAUCGAAAGCUAAGCCCUACGGGAUCACUGGAAUCUUCUACUGAAAUUGGCACGGAAGCUACAGCUCAUGAACCUAUGGAGCAAAUAUAUGGCGAAGGUAUUGAAGGCUUUAAAUCUGACUUCAUCAGCAAAAUUUGGAUGACUUAUAGGAGAGAAUUUCCGACAAUGUCAGGUUCAUCAUUUACGACUGACUGUGGCUGGGGUUGCAUGCUGCGGAGUGGACAAAUGCUGCUUGCUCAGGCACUGGUGUGUCAUUUUCUUGGACGAUCCUGGAGAUGGUCUCCUGAAAAAGCUAUACAAAAUGCUAGGGAAUUUCAAGAAGAUUGUCUCCAUCGCAUUAUAAUUAAAUGGUUUGGUGACAAAUCAUCCGUUAACAGUCCAUUAUCUAUACACCAGAUGGUAAGUCUGGGAGAAGCUUUGGGGAAGAAACCAGGAGACUGGUAUGGCCCUGCUUCUGUAGCUCACUGCUUGAAGGCAGUCAUGUCUGCUGCUUCUAAAGAAAAUUAUGAGUUUGAUAAUAUAGAAGUUUAUGUUGCUCAAGAUUCAACUAUUUAUAUUCAAGAUGUAUAUUCACUGUGUAGAUUACCAAAUGGUUCUUGGAAAUCACUUAUUCUUUUAGUACCUGUAAAGUUGGGAUCAGAUAAAUUCAAUCCCAUUUAUGGCCCUUGUCUUACAUCACUACUUACACUAGAUUUUUGUAUAGGUAUAAUUGGAGGAAGACCCAAACAUUCACUUUACUUUGUUGGUUACCAAGAUGAUAGAUUGAUUCACUUAGAUCCACAUUAUUGUCAAGAAAUGGUAGAUGUUUGGCAACCUAACUUUUCUUUGCAAUCUUUUCAUUGUAGAUCACCAAGAAAAAUGCCUCUAAGUAAAAUGGAUCCCUCUUGUUGCAUAGGCUUCUUGGCUACCCAACAUGAUGUAGAAACAUUCAUCAAUAUAAUACAAUCAUUCCUAGUCCCUCAAGGUGUAUCUGCAAAUUUCGAAUACCCUAUAUUUACUCUAAAUAGUGGAUCUUGUAGUAAUGUUAUGAACUACCCUAAUAUAAGAUAUUCUAUCUAUGAAACAGAGCAAAAUUGGGUCACUCCUAACAUACAAGACAGUGAUACAGACAUAGAAUCUGAGGAAUUUGUUUUGGUGUAAUUGAAACAACUGUAUUUCAACUAGUACCAAAUAUAUGUAUCACUUAUUUAUGUAGCUCUAAAGGUUUAUCUCUAUCACAAAAAUUGUUAAUGAUUUAUAUUUGUUCACUUUGAAUGUACCUAUAUCUGAUAGGUGUCAUAUAUACAGAUAUGAUUAAGGUUAAAGAGAAAUAUCCUGUAAUAGUUACAAUUUAUUAUAUCAAAACGACAAAAUAAAUAAAUUAGCAUAAUAAAA